AUGGGUUUCCCAAAAAAGAUGGUUGUGAAGGGCAUUAAGGAGAUUGGGCAUAGUGAUGGAAAUGCAUUGCUCGAGCUACUUCUCACAUAUAAGGCACUUGAAGAUGGAGAUGAUCUUGAUUCUGAAAAUUCGUAUGGAGAUGACAAUGUUGGUGAUACAGAGCCCGACUCUAGUGGUUCUACUGUUGAGUUUCUACGAGAUAUGUCAGAGAAGGAUGAGAAGAUCAAAUCAUUAGUGGACAUGGGCUUUUCUGAAUAUGAAGCAAAUAUGGCUAUUAAAAGAUGUGGUGUCGAUCUUGAUCUAUGUGAGUUAGUUGAUUCGAUAAGUGCAUCACAAAUUGCAGAAGAUAUUCAUUCCAGAAACUUAUCUGACCAUCAGGCCACAGAUAGGUGCUUCAAUUCAUUCGGAGGGAGAAAGAAAGCAAGAUUGAUGGAAGAGAGUAAGAAAAAGAGGAACCAGUAUGGCGGUAGUGCAGAGGGAAAUCAACCCUCCUUGAAUGGUAGCCAUGAUGAACCAAUGCCUCUCCCAAAUCCAAUGGUUGGGUUUAAUUUGCCAGCUGCAAGGAAAAGAGGCUACAUCCAUAAUUUGCCAAUUGAGAAUAGAUCGCCUCUUCUUCCUAUGCCUCCAAAGACCAUAUUUGAGGCAUUCCCUCAUUACAAGAAGUGGUGGCCUUCCUGGGACUCGAGAACACAACUCAAUUGCUUGCGAACAGGUGUGGCAAGUGCGAAGUUGACAGAACGGAUUGGCCGUGCUGUUGCAAGCUCGGGCAGUCCACCUUCUCGAAGUGUUCAAAAAUAUGUCAUGAAUGAGUGUAAAAAAGGGAAUCUUGUCUGGGUUGGAAAGAACAAGGUUGCUCCAUUGGAGCCUGAAGAGAUGGAAUAUCUACUCGGUUUCCCAAAGGAUCACACAAGGGGACUCGGCAUCACGGAGAGAUACAAGUCUCUCGGCAACUCAUUUCAAGUUGAUACAGUUGCUUACCACUUGUCAGUUUUGAGGGUCAUGUUUCCCAAUGGUGUUACUGUAUUGUCUUUGUUCAGCGGAAUUGGAGGAGGAGAGGUAGCUUUGCACAGGCUGGGCAUCCACAUGAAGGCAGUGGUUUCUGUAGAGAUAGGAAAAGCUAAUAAGAUGAUUUUUAGGAGCUGGUGGGAUCAGACUCAGACAGGCACACUCAUUGAGAUUGAUGACGUGAAAUCUCUUAUUGAUGAUAGAAUUGUAUCACUUGUUAGUAGAUUUGGCGGCUUCGACUUGGUGAUUGGGGGCAGCCCAUGUAACAAUCUUGCCGGGUGCAACCGAUACAACCGUGAUGGCUUGGAGGGCGAGCAAUCUGCUUUGUUCUACCACUACUUCAGAAUCUUAAAUGUGGUCAAGUCAGCUAUGGCGAGGAUGUAG